AUGUUAAAGUCCGACAGUAGGAAAAUGGCCCUGGAUCCACGAUUCUACAACAACAUCGGAGGGCAGCCUGAUCAUUUCGCGUCUCAGGGACGAGUCUGCACACCUCCCGUCGAGUCUCCGUCUGGCCAAUAUUAUUACCCUGGUACGAACGGCGGUGCCCCACCGAGCAUGGCAUCGUUCACGUCCGCAUCCUCAGCCAUAUUACGAUCGACCGCGUCCACACCGUCGUUUAGAUCGAGAGAAAGCGUCAUGGCGCCUGUGACCAAGGCAGAAAUGCCAAUUAAUAGCGGAGGAAACGUGAAGGUCGUUGUGCGAGUUCGAGCGUUUUUGCCGAGAGAGAUAAGCCGCGGAACAGAAUGUCUGGUGUCAAUGAACCCCCAGACACAGUCGACUACCCUGUCCGCGCCAUCGUCAACCAGCGCCUAUGACUCUCCGAGCGCGAGAGCGCAGAGCAGGAGUAAAGCGGUUGAAGAUAAAAGUUUUACGUUUGACAACUCGUUCUGGUCGCACGAUAGGGCUGAUCCACACUAUGCUGAGCAGGAGGACGUAUAUAACUGUCUGGGUGAGGAGUUUUUGGACCACAACUUUGAAGGAUACCAUACAUGUAUCUUUGCAUAUGGACAGACAGGAUCAGGGAAGAGUUACACUAUGAUGGGGACUCCUGAACAACCUGGAUUGAUACCUCGGACUUGCGAAGAUUUGUUCCAGCGUAUUGAGAACUCGGAGUCCCCAGAUAUUACGUAUAAUGUCCGCGUUUCCUACUUCGAAGUGUACAACGAGCAUGUCCGCGAUCUGCUAGUCCCCCGGACAGACCCCCCCUACUACCUCAAAAUCCGAGAGUCGCCAACAGAUGGCCCAUAUGUGAAGGAUCUAACAGACGUACCAGUUCGGAAUAUCGCUGAGAUCAUGCGUUAUAUGCGGAAAGGAGACGCCUCCCGGACAAUUGCCAGCACGAAAAUGAACGACACCAGCUCUAGGUCGCAUGCCGUAUUUACCAUUAUGCUCAAGCAGAUUCACCAUGACCUGUCCUCCGAUGAAACCACAGAGAGAGUCGCCCGUAUCCGGCUAGUAGAUCUGGCCGGUUCUGAACGCGCCAAAUCUACUGAAGCAACGGGGAAGAGGUUGCGUGAGGGUUCGAACAUUAACAAGUCGCUGACUACUUUGGGCCGUGUGAUUGCAUCUUUGGCAGACUCAAAACAAGGACGCCAAACCGGGCGCAAGACUAAAGACGUUGUCCCGUACCGAGACUCUAUCCUGACCUGGCUGUUAAAGGACAGUUUAGGUGGCAAUUCAAAGACUGCUAUGAUAGCUUGUAUUGCACCCGCAGACUAUGACGAGACCUUGUCGACGCUUCGAUAUGCCAAUCAGGCGAAACGGAUCCGUACUCGUGCAGUUGUCAACCAGGACCACAUAUCUGCCGCCCAGAGAGAUGCCGAGAUUGCAGAGAUGGCUGAGAUUAUCCGCACACUACAGCUCAGCGUAAGCCAGCAGGCAGUCACCAAGCGCGAGUCCGAGAUGCAGACGGAGAAACUAGAGGAAUACCAGAAACAGGUCACCAAGAUGCAGCAGUUGAUGGAAGAAACGAAAAUGGUCAGCGAGACCAAGAUCCGGCAGCUUCAAACCGAGAACGAGGCUCUCCGUCUGCAUCUGAAGCUCGCACUGGAAAGUUUGAAGAACCCCAUACCUCCGGUACAGGUUGUCAAGCAGCGAAACAGGCAGAGUAGCGUGCUCUCUAUCCCCGAGAAAGACGAAGGUAGUAUCGAGAUACUAGAGGAAGACGCAGAGAAGGAGAACACGGCGCCUCCAGGCCACCACGACGAUCAGAUAUUGGAUGGCGAGAACCAGGUCGGCCUCAACCGCUUCGACCUUGAAGCCCUCGAAGUCCACGCCGAGAUGGAAGACCUCCUAUCGGACCUGAACCUGUUCAAGAGGAAGCUGGCCGAUGACUGUGAACGGUUCGGCGUCAAGAAGAGACCUACACGGCCCAACAACGCCACUGCCAAUGACUUCGACAGCGAGCAGCCUGCCAUCUCCGUAUCAGAAACAGCUACAAUGGCAACGCCGCAGGACAAAACAAGUGCUCCAGCCCAAGACCAGCCCACUACGACGCCGCUAAGUGCGCCUACUCCGCCAGUCGAGACAGCGCCAGCAACCACCCCGAAGCCAGCCAGUGCUCAGAAACAGGCAAAGGAGAAGCCUGUCACCCCGGGCAGCGCAGAAAAACUAUCUGGCGCCGAACUGAAGAAGAGAGCAAAGGCUGAAAAGGCCUCGAGGCGCGCAAAGGACAAACAGGAACGUCCUCGCCCAGCGACUGAAGACCAUGAAGCGAGCUCUACCGCUGCCACUACUCCGCAGACCCCGCCGACUCCGAAGAAGACUGCUGCUGCUAAGCAGGAGUCUGUGAAGACGCCGAGCAAGUCGUCGAUACAGAGGCGUGGAUCGGUGCACACAUUGCCCACCCCACCAGCGCCGGUCGAGUCGACAUCGUCGAAGAAGAAGAGGAGAGAGGUCGUUGACGAGAAGGUCGUGGCUGUGUUUGGCCAUCUGCCGUGGUAUACCAGGAGAACUGGCAUCGCGGGCGCAAACAAAGAUGUCCAUCCUGCGGUUCUCUCGCUCGGGAUGCAGGUCAAGGACUACGUUAUCUGUGGAAGCAGUGCGCGAUGCGUUGCGACACUCCUGGCAUUCAAGAGGGUUGUUCAGUCUUAUAUCACACCCCCGGGAACGUCCUUGACCAGACACCUAACAACUCAUCUGGGCCACCAGAUCGCCUUUCUUGCGACCUGUCGACCCCUCGCAAUCAGUCAGGGCAAUGCGAUUCGUGCACUAAAGCUAGUUAUAUCAUCCAUCGACCCGUCUGUUCCUGAACCUGAAGCCAAACAAGAAAUCUACGAGUUCAUCGAGAAUUUCAUUCGCGAGAAGGUCACUGUCGCCGGCCAGGUCAUCGCCAACAGCGCCGCGGAAAAGAUAGAUGAUGGCGACGUUAUUCUCACUUUUGCAGGAAGCAGUGUGGUCCAAAGGACUUUGCUCACAGCGCAUAAGCUAGGGAAGAAAUUCCGUGUUUCAAUCAUUGAUACCCGACCUUUAUUUGAAGGGAGACACCUCGCCCAAACAUUAGCCAAAGCUGGAUUAAAAGUUCAAUAUUCUCUCAUCAACGGAAUCAGCCAGGCUAUGAAAGAUACGACAAAGGUGUUCCUCGGCGCACACGCCAUGACCAGUAAUGGCGGUCUAUUUUCCAGAGUCGGCACCGCCUUGGUCGCGAUGUCGGCCAAGGAGAAGGCUGGAGGCAUGAAUAUCCCCGUCAUCGUCUGCUGCGAGACAGUCAAGUUCACAGACCGUGUCGCACUCGACAGUAUAGUGGUCAACGAGAUUGCCGAGGCCGACGAGCUAGUCGCCGCCGAGCCACGCACACAACUUACAGAUAUCCCUCCACCAGUCACCAAUAGCAAACCUGAGACGUCCAAGGGCUCCUCGUCGUCGGCCAUUGAGAUACCAGCACAUUUGAAAAAUCCAAAAUUACCCCUGGAAAACUGGCGCGAGAUGCCUAACCUGCAGCUCCUGAAUAUUAUGCACGAUCUUACCCCGGCAGAGUACGUGGACAUGGUAGUCACCGAGAUGGGAAGUUUACCUCCCAGCGCCGUGCCGGUCGUUCAUCGAAUGAGCACUGAUUCUUAA